CUGACGAUUCAUGAUCUUAAUCAGAUUUUCCUUCAAUCACUAUUAAUUUAACCAACAGAUUUAACCCUAAUUCAUAGUAAUGAGGAUGGUUAACUUUUUUCGUGUUAAAGAAACUGUGAGAUUAGUGUUAAUUGUUUGUUGGUUAGUUAACUGUUCACAAUUUAUCCAAUGUGAUGACGAUGUUUCCAACGAUGAUCAAAUUCAAACCGCAAUUCCCAAUGUUAGUCCACCUUAUGUUUACACUUUCGGUGAUAAUUUCACGUUUAGUUGUUCAGGUUAUUGUUUCAAAACUUUCACAUGUUAUUGGGAUUUUCAGGUUACAACCCUGAGGCAGUUUAUGAUUUACACAUGACAUCAGUUGAAAAUUCAUCAUAUUCAUCGUGUUUCAACUUAACGGAAAAAGAUCAUUGUACGUUUGACUUAAUUAAGUUGAGCUCGAAUUACGUUAAUGAAAAUAGAUUCAGAUUUCGUUUGGAUGUGAUUGAUAGAUUUGGAACAAUUUCCAAAUUCUUUGCUUAUGAUCAUUAUGCAAAUGUUGUUCUAUGUCAAGUCACCGAAGUGAAAAUCGUCGAACUCGGUACAAGAUUCGUUUACCUUACGUGGAAACCUCCGAUGGAAAUAUACACUAGAUAUUAUCUUUCGAAAUCAAUCACUUAUCAACUGGACAUUUACCAAAUCGAAAACGAUCAGAAAACAAUUGGCUCUACUUCCAAUAAGGUUAAAUAUCUAAGAUCGGCUCAACUAAUCGGUGCGACCGAUUUUAAGAUAAUAAAUUUAAUCCAAUCGACAAAAUAUCGAAUUGAUAUUCGUUGUCAACUCACUUCUAAUUCUCAUGUUAAUCGUUUGGGAGAAAAGGUUACGGUUGAUAUAAUAACAAAGACCGAUGCUUUCUCGAUAAACAUUCCCAAUUUAUACCCUGAAGUAUUCGAGUUAAUCAAAAAGGAAGAUGAUCUAUUGGAUGUUGUCGUUUAUUUGGACAGAGUUGACUUGACCCCUGACCUCCAACCCAAAUAUGAAAAAAUAAUGAUCAAAGUAUCACCAAUGUUGAUCAGUUCGAAAAUUAAAAUCCCUGUGAAUGUUGUACCAGUUGGCCAACCGAAAAAAAUACCUGAUUUAAAGCCAUGGAACUUGAGUUCGAUUUCCAUCCCCGAUUCUUACUAUUUCGACGAUAAAUACGCUGAAAAGUCCAACAGGUCACAAAAAAUAACACGAGUAAAACCUGCGAUGACUAUUUUACCCUGUCGACCAUCAUUGACGACGAAAUCAAAUCAGAUACACUAUUUGAAAGCCUCUGAAAUUGAUUUCACCAGUUGUAUCAUUGAAAAUUUGAACACUAUCACUGACUACCAAAUGCAAUUAGUUGCUUACAAUUCAAUCGAGCCCACAAUUGGACCAAUAAUCUCCAAAAUUCCCGCUCAUUCAUUGGAUAAAAUUCAUCCUGGUGUUGAUCAGUUCUAUGCAAUUGAUUGGGGUCACCACAAUUAUACUCUUGAGUGGACAGUCCCAUCGAUUCAACAAGUUGCAAAAUAUACAAUUUGUUUGUGUGAAGUUUCAAAUUUAAACUUUCAAUGUGAUGGUCGAAUUGAAACUUUUGAUUUACCAGGAAAUCAAACAUCAUUAGAGUUAACAAUCAAUAAAGACUACAAAUUGUACAAUUUGGUAUCGGGGUGACCGAUCUAACCUAUGAACUAGCGAGUGGAAUUAAAUGGGCUCAGUGUAUUGAAAGUGCUUUGGACAUACGAGUUGAUAAUCGGUUUAAACGAUUUGAUUUAAUUCCAAUUGGAUCAAAGUCUAUUAAGGCUAUUUGGCAACUCGACUGUCCAGCAUUAGAUUAUUUUAUCGAUCACUAUGAGAUACAUUAUUGUCCAAUCGAUUUCUCGUGUUCAGAGAAAUUGAAAAUAAUCCCAGUUAAUAAAUCGACCCUCGAAUAUAUUAUCGAUCUGGAUUCGAGAACUUUUUAUAACUUUACUAUUCGUGGAGUGACUUCUAAUGGUGACAAUUUGGAAAGUCCAACAAUAACUUUCCAAACUGAAUUCGAAGUGAUUCCUCCCGCUAUGCUCACUAUUUUCUCGAUUUCGCUAAUUUCGUUAAUUGUCAUUUUUUCUUACACUUUGAUUGUAAUCAAAAGACGUCAAGUUGAACGGAAGUUGAAAGAAAACGUCGAUUCCAAUUGGAUUCCCAAAAUGCCGCCACGAUUAAAAGGAGAUGCAAACAUUUUACUCGAUACUUUGUAUGAGAUGAACACGAUAAGUGCCAAUAAUCAUUGUGAUAACGAAACAAUCAGCCAACAAUUAACUAAAGAAAAUGUAAUUGCAACGAUUAAUGUGGACACUCAAUCAAGUUCAUCUUCAUUAGAUUACGAACUCGAAGGUUCAAGAAUCAGAACUCGAAAAAUAUCUGAUUAUGUUGAAUGUGAUUCUCAUGAUUCUGGUUAUUCAAUUAACAAAUUGUCGAGUAAAAAUCAAGCUGAUCAAAUGGAUGAACCAAUUGAUCAAUAUUCACCUUAUAUUGUUAUACCCGAAGACUCAAAAUCAGUUAAUUGUGAUCAAUCGGAUUCAGAUUUGAGUUACAAUUAUCAAGAUGAUUCUCAACAAUCAACUAAUUAUGACCCAUCUUAUCAGAUCAUUUGAUUGACUCAUUUUCUCGUGUAUAUUGUGUAAAUCUCAGCGAUUUUUUUAAUUGUAAUUAGUUAACUACUCUUCUUAUCUGUUGCUAUUUCUUUAAUUGUAAAAUUAAUUUCCAUCAAUUAUUAUUACAAUCAAAUUAAAAGAUAUUUAUAUUUAUA